AAUAUCGCGAUUUGCUUUCUGUCAAAUGUACAACCCUUUUGUACAUCCCAGUCUUUAUUAAUCGACGUAACUCUUCUUGUCCCAAAAAGCGAUCUCUUUAGAUUUAUCAGACUGUAUCAGCAGUUUCUUAUCACGGUCAUCGCUCCAUUCGCCCGAAUCUUUCUAACGUCAUUAAUCCGCAAUAAUCCGUUCGUCGUCUAAGUUAUGCUAAUUGCAGUCGGACGGAGUCGCAGAUGCGUCGACGGAUGAACGAUGGCAGUACGCUUUGGACUAAGUGUCUGUCAUCUGCCGAUUUCGUCGCGCAAAUAUUCUCACUGAUUCUCCAAUAUACGUAUAUCGCAAUGAAGUUCAGCAUAGAGUCCACGGCUUCCUACAACAGCAUUCAUCCGGCCUAUCACUACACCGAACAGUUCGGCAAUAAUAGCGAGACUUAUCGGGACGGCACCAGGUGGUACGGGGUAUUCCUAGCGUUUUUGUCAGGCACCUUCUUCACUAUCAGCUCUGCGCUGGUCAAGGCAAUCCGCAACGUGGAUCCCAUGAUUUUGCUGGCCAUCCGCGCCCUGGCGCAGAUCCUGACGAUGGCCGUUGUGGCCUGCAAGUCAUCCAGCGAUCUCUUUGGUCCUUCCGGCCAAAGAAUACUCAUACAUUUUCAGGGCCUAGUAGGUGGUAUGACCCUGUCGUUGCUGUACUACAGUUUCCGAGAAUUACCUCUAGGCGAUGCCACCACGAUCAUAUUCAGCUCGCCGGUGAUCGUCAUCGCGCUGUCCUUCCUCUUCUUGAAAGAGCCGUGCGGUGUCUUGCGCAUAGUGGUGGUCUGCACGCUCUUUACGGGUGUCGUCCUCGUCGCCAGACCACCCUUCUUAUUCCAGAUGCACCAUGCCGAAAGCUAUAAUCUUAUGGGGUAUCUGUGCGCUAUCCUGGCCACUCUCUUCACGGCGCUCAACAUUGUUGUCAUGAGGAAGUGCUCGGAAAUACAUUACUCCAUUUUAGUACUGAAUCUAUCGUGCUGGUCUUUCGUCUCAGCCGUAGUCUUUUACUUCACAGUGUCCGGUCACGGCAUCGGUUACGAACUCCACAAGUUUCGAUUGCCACAAGACUGGUUCACUUGGGGCCAGAUAAUGCUGGUGGCAUUGACUGGCCUCACCGGUCAAGUGCUGGUGACGAAGGCGCUGAAGAUCGAAGGCGCAGGUAAGGUAUCCGUCACCAGAUCACUGGACAUCAUUCUGGCGUACCUGAUUCAAGUUUAUCUCUUCGGCGAGAAGCCCACGUCAACCAGCCUGACCGGUGCGAUUCUCAUUAUCACCUCCGUCGUUUGUAUGGGCUUCGAGAAGGAGAUCUACGCGGUCUGCGACUUCAUUCCCUAGGCAACGGAAUAAUCAUUUGGGCAAUCAAAUCUCAAACGCAAUGAACGUAAACAAGAAUAAAAGUUUUAGACGCAAUCUCGGAUUACUCGAAUUACUCAACUUUCUGCGUGGUGAGAAUACGUAAUCACGAUCGACAAAAUUAAAUUCUUACUAAAAAAAAAAAAAGAGCAUAGUAUAUUACGCAAUAUCAAAAUACAUUAAAUACUAAUAAAUUUUUAACGAUGGUAUUAAGAUCAACGAACAUUUAGUUUUAAACAAAUUUAAUUGUUAAAUUUCUUAUUAGAACAAGCUCCUGGCAUCACACGUCGAAGAGGUGCCAAUUCACAGGGAGCAUUCGCUUGUACAUGAUUUUCUUUCUUUUCUGCAUUUCUUUUUAAUAUUCCAAGCCUUAGGACAAACACCAUCGUAUAGAAUCUUAAUAAUAAUAGUAAUAUUAAUAAUGUCAAUAAGAAUAACACACGAUAAUAUUAAUAAUAAUAGAAAUAUAUAAUCAAAUUCAAAUCGAAUUAUACGUGCAAAUAUAUAGAUAGAUGAUAUAAUUAGAGAGAAAUGCACGUAUAAUUCAUUAUAUGUAUAAAUCAUCGAUAAACUCACGUGUAUGUGCAUCGAUGAUUUAUAUUUUAUUCAAUGGGAAAAAAAAGGUACAACUACGAUAAUAACAGUAAAUUGCUAUACCAUAUCCAAGGUAAUAUAAUUAUUUACAUUGUAUAUUCUUUUGUCUACUGUCGUCCCUGACGAAACGCGCGUGGACGCGCGCCAGUCCUAUUAAUGUCGCUGGAGAACGGACGCUACUUCUUUUGACAGAAGGCUUACAAAUCUAUAUGUGUAUAUAUAUAUGAUAUAUAUAUACACACACACGUACUUCAGAGUUUAGUUUACAAUUCGAGUGGUACAUGUAACGUGAAACAUACAAAUUUUCUUCUUUAUUCACACACUCUCUAUUUCUCUUCCUGUCCUCUUAUUCUCCUUACAUGCAAAAACACGUACACAUUUUGCUUCUCUUAUCAUCUUUGUCCCUCCCUCGAACCUUGAGAAAUGUGAAAUCAUCAUACAAUACUUUAUUACAUUAUGGCUAAUGUUACUCUACGUCUUGGCUUACGAUUAGAGAUAAGUUGCACAAUUACUUACAUUAUGUACGAGUGACUUUUCGCGCUUGAAAAAGGUAUGUGUACAUACAUAUAUAUUUCACAUAUAUAAUAUAACUUCAUUCCACUACGCUUCGCUCUACCCUUUCUCGCUCAAUCUACAUUUUUUCUUUUCGUUCCGCAGCUUGCAUGGCCUACAGCCGAUACAUGUCUUUAGGGCUCUUGAUGUUAAUAGUAUCUGCGCCUAAUCGCUCUGCGAUACGCAUGUCACGCAGAUCGAUUUAUUUGGAUAAAACAUACGAUCGUAGGGUACGCCCGUAGCGAUGUAACACAGGAAUGUAAUCGCACACGGUGGAGUCCUUUCGCACAGAAGGGCGAGGAUCAAAGGAUUUACUCGUGUAACACUCGCGUUAUGCUUCCUUCAUGUAUGUAUGUGUAGGUGUAAAUAUAUUAUGUAUAUAUUUACAUAUAUAUUCUUCCGAUAAUUUUGUUCUUUUUAUCUUACAUUGGUCAUGAUUUUCGUCCCUGAAGCGUAAUUUUUGCAACUGUACAAGUAAGGGACAUCUUAUGCUGUUAUAAUAAUCAUCUCGCCUUUUUCCUAAUCUUCACAUGAAGUCUACUCCGCUUUACGUCGUGCAUACAUAAAAAUCUAUAUAAUAUUGCUAAAAGGAAGUUAUGUUAGCCUUGUUGUGUAGCGUGUGGCAUACGAUAGAAAAUGCUACUAUACAGUUAAGCGCUUCUCGAACGAAGAGAUCAUAAAGAUCGGAUAAGAUCGCAUCGAGAAGACUUUUUACCAUUGAUUUCUCCGGUGAUCACUGACACCGUUUCCAAUCGAUUUCCAGAUCUGUUUGCUUAAGAAGAAAUAAUCAAAUUGUUAAUAAAAAAGAAAAGAGUCUACUAGUCUUUGAUAGACGACAAAUCAACUAACUAUACAUCACUUUUCUAAAUAUCCGAAUAGAUUAAUUUUUUUUUACUACAAGUGCAAAGUUCUCUUGCCAAUGCGGUCUCAUCUAAUCUCACGAUAUCUAAAACUUCUUUCGGAUUGCUUAUCGACAAACGAUUGAUCAUCGAAUCAUUCCCGUUCUCAUCAAAAUCCAAUGUCCCUCCGAUCAACUCUCGCCGUUUUCUCUCUUUCUUCCCCCGUGAAAAUGGAAACGAAGUUUUUGGUAGGCACUGCACGCCGCUGAUUUUGUCUCAUCACAGUAUCAAACAAUAAAGUGUACAUCUUAUCACGGAAAAACGCGCACUUUGAAAAUGCGAAAAUUUUUGUCGUAUUCAAAAUACGUUUUAGCUACAAAAAUAGGACACGCGUUCCUUUUUUUCUACUUUAUUCUUCCCUCUUUUUUUACCUUUUUCGAUUUUUUAAUUUUUUUUUGUUGUGUUUUUUGAUUGAUUGCUUUAAUUUAAUCAAUGCAGAGGCAUAAAUACAAAUGUUUAAAAUACAUGUGUCAAUGUCGAGCUAAAGAUACAUUCGCGAGUGUUUUUCCCUUUUUUUCCUAAAUAUUCAGCAAACAAUUGUUCGACUACAUGUUACACAAUGUGUAUCAUAUUCUCUUUCUCUUUCUUUCUGUCACUCACUCACUCAUUCAUUCAUUCACUUACUCAUUCAAUCAAACUUAUCCGUACUGAUACAAACUGAGCUCUUUCUAAUAAUUAAUACUUCAAAUAGACGAUACAGUAAUAAAAGUACCGUUAUUAAGAUAAUAUUAUUCGAAUAGUUCGAAAAAUUAAAAAA